GCAUGAAUCACCUCAGCUGAUAUCAUUUUGGUCCAAUGCAAAGUAUCUUUAACAAAUAUCAGACCAUCACAAACUGAACUCAAGCUCGCACACAUAUCAAUCAAUCAAUGGAUUGCCUUCAGACUCUUCCCAGAUCAUCUGCUUUGCCACUGCAAAGCGUGAGAAGUAAUUUUGGGAAGCGUGGGCGCCCUAUAGCUUCAUUGGGGAUUGUAAAAGGCGUUGCUUUAUCCAGAUCAUGUGGCGUCUUUGCUAAGGCAGUGUCUGGUUCUGCAGCCAGCACAGAAAACGAGAAUCUGAAAAUGGAUGAGAAAUCUGAAACAUACAGUCAUGACAUGACUGCAGCUAUGGGAGCUGUUUUGACGUAUAGGCAUGAACUUGGAAUGAACUACAACUUCAUUCGCCCUGACUUGAUCGUGGGGUCAUGCUUACAGACUCCGGAGGAUGUUGACAAGCUUCGAAGUAUUGGAGUGAAAACUAUAUUCUGCUUACAACAAGACUCGGACCUUGAGUACUUUGGGGUCGAUAUUGCUGCCAUUCGUGAAUAUGCCAACAGUUGUGGUGACAUUCAGCAUCUACGUGCCGAAAUUAGGGAUUUUGAUGCAUUUGACCUUAGAAUGCGGCUGCCCAAAGUGGUAAGUAAACUGCAGAAAGCUAUUAAUAGGAAUGGAGGCGUGACGUAUAUACAUUGCACCGCUGGUCUUGGACGAGCACCUGCUACUGCCGUGGCCUACAUGUUCUGGGUCCAAGGUUAUACACUCAAUGAAGCUCACACAUUACUCAUGAGUAAGAGGUCAUGCUUUCCAAAAUUGGACGCUAUCAAAAGUGCAACUGCAGAUAUUCUUACAGGUCUUAAAAGACUGCCUGUGAAAUUAAAAUGGUACGGUGGUGAAGAUUGUUCAACUGUGGAAAUCUCGGGACUCGACAUUGGAUGGGGACAGAGAAUACCUUUGGUCUAUGACGAAGAACAUGGUUUAUGGGUUCUUCACAGAGAACUGCCUGAAGGGCGUUAUGAAUAUAAGUACAUUGUGGAUGGCAAAUGGACUUGCAACGAAUAUGAGCUUCUAACUAGUCGGAACAAAGAUGGACAUGUCAACAACUAUGUUGAGGUUUUUGACAAAGACCCGAGCAGCAUUAGUGCUGCAAUUAGGAGUCGGUUAGCCGGUGAUGACCCUCAACUUUCAACAAAUGAACGUCUCAUCAUUAGACAGUUUAUCGAAACUUAUCCGGACGAGGAUUAAUUGAAAAACAAUAAUGGUAAUUAAUCACAAAAGUGUUGGUUGGGUUGUGUACUAUAGUGCUUGUAUUAAACGAAAAAAUGAAUGCAAUAAUCUAUCAUUUUGUUGAUUGACUUGCUUUUGGGAUUCCAGUUCUCCAUGUUUGUUUUUGAGUUUGCUGUAAUUUUGGUGAGAUUAGGAGAUGGUCAUUUUCCCCCACGUAGUUGACAAUUGAACUAGUUUUCUUCUUUAUUAUUUUUUGUUUUUCGAACUUCAACGACAAUAUUUCAGACGGAAUUUCAUAUAUCUACA